AUGGUCUGCUGGUGUAGUUUCGUGUACGUGCUCUUCUUUUUCGGAUCAUUUCUAGUGAUAGGGCUGCUGACGGUGUGCAUUUUAUUGCGUCAGAUCCUAAAGUUCCAGCGCCGCAAACGAGCAGAUCCGAAUGUGAAGUAUGUGGCCAUUUUUCAUCCGUAUUGCAACGCCGGUGGCGGUGGAGAACGCGUUCUAUGGUGUGCCGUUCGAGCCUUACUGAGUCGUUACGAAGCGGUUAAACUUUUCGUUUAUACUGGCGACUUAGAUGCAACACCGGCAGAGAUACUUGCCAAAGCGGAGCGAAGCUUCAAUCUUUCUUUAGAGUCAGACCGUAUUACAUUCAUUUAUCUCCGGAAACGAUGCUGGGUAGAAGCAACAAGAUAUUCGCACUUUACGUUACUCGGUCAAAGCCUCGGUUCAAUUGUGCUGGGAUUCGAAGCACUGUUAAAGCUCCAACCUGAUAUCUUUAUUGACACGAUGGGAUACGCAUUUACGUAUCCCGUGUUCGCAUAUUUCGGUGGCUGUAAAAUUGGAUGCUACACGCACUAUCCCACCAUCAGCACAGAUAUGCUGCGACGCGUGCAAUCGCAAACGCAGUCCUACAACAACAGAGGUUAUGUUGCGAAGAACCCGUUCGCUACAUGGCUUAAAAUCGUGUACUAUCGACUGUUUUCGCGCAUUUACGGAUGGGUUGGACGGUGUGCCGAUACCGUCAUGGUGAACUCAUCUUGGACGGAAAAUCACAUCGUUUCGCUUUGGGACGUGCCGUACAAGACCCACCGCGUAUAUCCUCCGUGUGAGGUUUCGCAGCUAAAAAAGCUCAAGUCACUUACGGAUGAACGGGACGAUCAUAUCAUAAUAUUAUCCGUUGGCCAAUACCGCCCCGAGAAGGACCAUCCAUUACAGCUGCAGGCGAUGUACGAAUUACGCACACUGCUGAACAACGAUGAGGGUCUGUGGAAUCGGCUGAAGCUGCUGAUUGUUGGCUCGUGUCGCGAUGAAGAGGACCGCGUACGGGUGAAAAAUAUGCAAGACUUGGCGAAGCAUCUUUCGUUGGAAAAUUCCGUCGAGUUCAGGGUGAAUGUACCCUACCAGGAGCUGUUACAGUGCUAUCAGCGAGCAACGAUUGGCUUGCACUGUAUGUGGAAUGAGCAUUUCGGCAUCAGUGUCGUUGAUUGCAUGGCUGCCGGAUUAAUAAUGGUUGCGAAUCGCUCUGGCGGUCCGCUGAUGGAUAUCAUUGAAACGUCAGAAGGCAGUCAGAAUGGUUAUCUUGCAUUCGAUGCAUAUGAUUAUGCCCGUUGCAUUGCGAACGUACUAUACAAUACCGCAGAAUAUAAUGCGAAGAUCAGAGAAGCAGCCCGAGCAUCAGUGGAUCGAUUUUCGGAAAAAGAAUUCGAAAACGGAUUCUUACGAGCGAUUUCACCAAUCAUGGAUUGACGCUAAACAUAUUGGUUCGCCAUUCUCCGUGCGCUUUCUAUUGGACGUUCAUCAUGGCCAGUUUUAGUUUUAUUUAAUUUGGAAAACACGGUAAACGAACACACC